ACAGACGCGUAAAACUUAGAGGAAAACAGAAUUAGAAAUUGAGCUCUGAAUAAGAAAAUCUUUAUUAUAUAGAGAGGAGAAGAUCAAUUUCAACGUUGACAAAAAUGGGAGCUGCGAAGAAUAUCUGGGCAAUUUUGGAAGCCGAAGAUGAUGCGAGCGGCAAUAACAACGCUUCCUCCCAGAUUCCAUAUUCUUCGAUUAUCGUCAACACAUCUUUGCCUCUCCCAGUCAUGAUUCCUCGUAUCAUAGAGUUGUGUAAAGAUCUGUUCAAGAAUUGGAGAGAGAUUGAUGAUGCACUUUUUUCUGUCGAGAGAGUAUCUGGAGGCAUCACAAAUCUAUUGCUGAAGGUUUUUGUGAAGGAAGACACUGAUAGAGAACUCUCUGUAACAGUGCGACUCUAUGGACCUAACACGGAGUAUGUUAUCAACCGGGAGAGAGAGCUGCAGGCCAUCAAGUAUCUCUCGGCUGCCGGAUUUGGUGCCAAGUUGCUUGGUGGGUUUGGAAAUGGCAUGGUGCAAUCAUUCAUCAAUGCUCGAACCUUAGACCCAUCGGACAUGAGACAGCCAAAGAUUGCUGCAGAAAUUGCCAAAGAGCUUGGAAAGUUUCAUAAAGUGGAGAUACCAGGUUCCAAAGAACCUCAACUGUGGGUUGAUAUCGUGAAGUUCUUUGAAAAAGCCUCUACUCUAAGAUUUGAGGAACCUGAUAGGCAGAAACUCUUUGAGACAAUUUCGUUUGAAGAACUGCAUAAAGAAAUUAUUGAGCUACGGGAAUUCACAGGCGUACUUAAUGCACCUGUGGUGUUUGCUCAUAAUGAUUUGCUUUCGGGAAACUUAAUGCUGAAUGAGGAAGAAGAGAAACUCUACCUGAUUGAUUUCGAGUAUGGAUCAUAUAACUAUAGAGGCUUUGACAUCGGAAAUCACUUCAAUGAAUAUGCAGGAUACGACUGUGAUUACAGCUUCUACCCAAGUAAAGAACAACAAUAUCAUUUCAUCAAGCAUUACUUACAGCCAGACAACCCGGACGAGGUCGGUAUCGCGGAAGUGGAAUCAGUCUUCAUAGAGACAGAUGCAUAUAAGUUAGCAUCUCAUUUGUACUGGGCAGUAUGGGCAAUCAUCCAGGCAAGGAUGUCUCCGAUUGAGUUUGAUUACUUGGGCUACUUCUUUUUGCGGUACAAUGAAUACAAGAAGCAGAAGCCUGUUACCUUUUCACUUGUUACAUCUUACCUAUCUGCAUCAGUGUAGCCUUUGACCAUAAUGGAAAUAUUUUUUUUUGCUGUGUUGUCAUCAGUUCUUGUAAAAUUUGUUUGUGUUGGUAGUACAUUUUAUGGUUUGUAUGAAAAAACUUCUUUUGUGAAAGUAGUUGUU